AUGAAAUCAAAUGGUCAAACUGAAUCCAAAAAAGACCCAAUUCUUGAUGUGGCUUGUGAAGAUCCUGAAACCUUCUUUAAUGACAGUUACAUUGAUAACAAGUACACUUAUGAUGAGUAUAAUACAUCGCCCAUUGAGUUAGAUUUGAGAAAAUUCAAAGAAGCUUACUUAGCUAUGGACCCUGAUUGUAUGUGGACCCUGAAAACUGGGUGCAAAGUGGAAACAGUUAUUUAUGAAUUCGCUAAAAAACUACACAAAGAAUCAUAUCUUCAUUCUUUUAUAAUCAAUGAUGCUGAUGUCGAAACAAUAUCAUUGUUUUCACCUGAUGAAUGGAAAGAAAUUAAAACUUUCGAAGUUACAAAUGGACCAAAACUUGACCCUUGUCAAAAGGAGGAUGGUGUGAUAAGGUUAUAUAAAGACCGUUUAGAAUUCGGUGCAAUUGAAGCCGGCAGGAAAUGGGAAGAAACGAAUGUAAUCGGAAUACUCCACGGUGCAAACAGGUUACAAGUUUUAACUGUAGAUCAUCCUAAAGGAUACAUUACUCGAAUUAACCGUAAUAAUGUUCAAGAAGUCGCUGGCAGAUUGAGCAACGCCAAACCACUUGCUUUUGUACUAAAAGAGGUUUUAUAUGUACGACAUAUUGAAAUUGAAUUUUACUCAAGCAAUUGUGUAUUAUUUGUCGAAUUCAGUCCAACGAGGUUGGAAGUUGGGCUUCGAUACCUAAGGACUUAUUUAUGGCAAAGGUUUGGUUCAGAUGUAACGUCCUCACCAUUCCAAAUAUUAUUGAAAGCAACAUUAUCAACUUCAACCAAAAAUGGUAUAGAUAGCAAAAAUAAAAAUAGCAUUAUAAAACCAACAAAUCUUUUUUCACCUCCACCAUCAAAAUUGUUAUUGACAAAAAAAUGUGCAAAAAGAACUUUUGAUGAUGAUGAAACUUGUAAUAAAGGAACAUGCAGCUGUUCUGAAGAAAAAGAAAUAGGAAAAGAUAAUGCAGACAAAAGCUACAACAAUAACGACGAUGACAUCAUUGCUAAUAAUAGUUGUUCCAAUUAUAGCUAUAGUUCUACUGAAGAUGGUUGUGACGAUGAUGAUAAUUUUGUAGAUGAAGAUGGAUAUAUAGAAGAUGUCGAGGAUGACGAUGAAGAAGAGGAUGAUGACGAUGAAGAGGAUGAUGAUGAAGAGGAUGAUGAAGAGGAUGAAAAUGAUGAUGAUGAAGAGGAUGAAGAUGAAUAUGAUACUUUUAUAGAUCAAUCAAGAAGAAUAGACUCAACAGAUUCAGAGGAGGAGGAAAUCUUACCAAUAAUAACUAAACGUGAAAAUGCAAAACAUACCAACGAGAGAUGA